AUCACUCGGAACCACGUCAAUAUACUCCUAUAUAUAGACAUGUAAUCAGUCGAAUUGUUUUAAUUUUCGUAAUCAUUGAGGAUUAUUAGUUAGAUGAAAUGGACAAGCACUUUCCAAAGAAAUCCACUCGUUUUCGAUCGAUAUCUGAGACCAACCCAGUGUUCACUGUGGAAACAGAGAUCGACAAAGUUAAAGAUGCAGGUGAUUUAACCCCGCCCCCUGAAAUCGACACCAAUCACCUACAUCCUUCUCUCAACUCAGACCAGUGUGAGAGUGACAGCGGAUACGAGAGUUUUUCCUCGAGAAAAGUUUCCACGUGCAGUCUUUAUCCGGCAGGUGUCCCUAGGGCCGACUCUCGCCAAUCCAGUAACAAACUUCUAGGUGGGCGAAGGAUAUCAUUUACUUCUGAGAACCUGUCAGAACUCUUGCCCGGAAGUCCCGAUUUUCUUAGAGCCGGAAGUCCAAAUAAUCACAGAAAAAAAUCUACCAGAAGAUGUCCUACAGAUGUAUGCUACUCACCCGCCAUUUGUGAGAACUUUAAACGAGGAUUCAGACACAGUUUUCAAAGAGAACGGAGUUAUUCUUCAUGUUCCGGUACAGGUGGGACCGACGGAGUUAAUAUAAGUCUCCACAACAUCAUAGGCAAAAGGGGAACCGGAAAAGGACAAUUCAGAAAUGCUACCUCUCUUUCGCACUUCAGUUCCGGAUCCAUAAUAGUAACGGAUAUCAUUAACUGUAGGGUGACACUUUUCCAUAUGAGUGGGCGUGUUGUCCAUGAAAUCAACACUGGACCCGGUUCCGAACCUUGGGCAACCGCUGUUUUACCGAACGGUAACUUAGUUGUGUCCCUACAAAAACCAGGCUCUCUGGCGAUAUUUGAUGCAAAAGGAGAAUAUAUUAAAGAUAUAGCCGGUCACCUGCUAGUGAAACCAUCAGGGGUAGCAACCGAUAGAAAGGGUAGAAUAGUCGUCAGUGACGUCAAUACCGACUCUGUGUACAUACUUGAUCAAGACGGGGAGGUUUUGAAAGGCCUGGGACAGGAACCGGAUGUCCCAAUAACUUUUGAAGAACCUCGAUAUGUUGAGGUCACGUGUAAGGACAAAAUACUUGUCUGUGAUUCUGGAAAGCACUGUGUGAAUGUGUUUGAUUCCGAUGGGAACUUUCUUCACAAAUUCGGAUCUUACGGACAAGAUUCGGGACAGUUUCGUUUCCCGUAUGGAAUCACGUCAGAUUUUGAGGAGAACAUAUACGUAGCAGAUUACUACAACAAUCGAGUGUCGAUGUUCUCGAUUUCCGGGGAAUUCCUCUGCCAUAUUUUAACGCCUUGUAUGAAGCUUAAGCGGCCCCAGGGACUCGAUAUGUGGGAUGGGAUGGCAGAAUCGGUCCUGUUUGUGACCCACGGAGAAAUGAAGGCUCAGGAAGUCGUCGCCUUCAAAAUCAUAAUGGGCUCCAAAAAUAGAUUCAAGAAAUCAAUGGAGGUUUAUAUCUGACAAGUUCUGAAUGACCUUGUGAGAGGAAGGUCAAAAAUAAAAUCAUAAUCUCUGCACAAAGUAUUAAGAGAAAUUAGAAAUAUACCACUGUGAUGUUUGAGAAAUCCAAACAAUAAGUGAACGUUUGAUUGCUUGAACGAGAACAUCCCUAUUGCUCUGUUAAAAUGAGUAAA